CGCUCUGUAGCAGUAGCUCGUCAUUGCUUGUCGUGAUCAUCCUGCGUCCUUCUGUUUACAUGUCUGUAACCUACUGUUCUAUUUAAGGUAAUAUACCAUUAAUAUAACAAAAAUAUAUAUAGAUACUGAUAUCGGAAGAACUUUUGCGACCACGCCCAUACAGUUGUAUUGCUGCAAGAAAUUAAACAAGCUCUAAAUGUUUGGGUGCCUUUCCGCGCUGUACACAUCAUUACUUGCACUUGUCUGGAGAGGAUGUUGCGGUAGAAGAGCCGACCAUGGACGAAGGGGAUGAUCUUGAAGUUCUUGGUGAACAGCUGUAUGAUCUGAUUUACCACAGACACGCAGAGAUGGCGGGGAAGCUCACAGGCAUGUUGCUGGAGCUUCCUGGUCCGGUGCUGAGCCAGAUGCUACAGGAUGAGGCUAUGCUGACAGAAGCUCUUGAGAAAGCAUUGAGAGCAUUGCAGCUUCCCCAGGGACACAGCAGGAAAGAGGCAUCUAAAGAUGAUGACGAGGUGUCUGCAUCCUCGGAUUCUCUGGGGGAACAGCUAUUUGAGCUGGUGGAUAUUUACAACACUGGCCAAACACAAAAAAUCACUGAACAGGAUAUCUGGUGUGCCCCCCCGUGUGCAGGGAUGUUGCUGGAGCAACACAAGGAGGCCGUGUUGGCCCUCCUGUCGGAGCCCCCCCUCCUGGAGGAGCAGGUCAACCUGGCCAUGAAGACUCUGCAGGAGCAGAAGGGAGAAGGGAUGGACGUGAGUGACUCGUCGGAUGCUGAUGACAUCGACAGGCUGGGAGAGAAGCUGUUCUCCCUGGUGGAGAGGAUCGAUGCGGCACACGCUAAUGACAUCACUGGCAUGCUUCUGGAGGUGGAUCCUGAGAUCAUCCGGGAGAUGAUCAGCGAUCAGCCCAUGCUGGAAGCAGCUGUUCAGAAGGCACAAGCUGCACUGGCAAACACAUGGAGCAAAUAGCAUGACGUUCAAAACAGCAAAUGAAUGUCAAUUGUCCUGGCUAUUCUGGUUGUGAACUGGAAGAUGCUGUGGUCAGUGAACACAGCAUGUACUUUCCUUGUCCUCACACAUGCACUGAUGCGUGAGAACUAGAGGGAUUCUAGUUACCUAGACUACCAGGACCAUCGUUCUGUUUGUGUUGUGACCCACGUUUGAGUUGGCUUAUGGGGGCGGAAUAUCACGUGUCAAUUUCCUUAGAAAUGAAAGUGGAACUGUGAGCUUGUGAAAUGAGGCUGGACCGAAGCAUACUGUGCAAUGUGGAAUAAAUCAUUACAGCGUUUGAAAUGGACACUGAGAAGAGGACUGUGUCCAGGCAGCAACAUACUUGUUGCCACGUUAGCAUUCAUACUUAUCAUUUGAGAGUGGUAUUAUUUACUUUAAACUGAGAUCAUUAUCAGGCAAUGAUGUAAAAUAAAUGCUAUACAUAUUCUAUGUUGACAUGAA